CUCCAACAUGCGGCAAAGAUCUUUACUCCUAACAUUUUCGAUCGGAUACAGAAGUAGUAUUUGGUUAUUGAAUCCUAUAUAAUGGAGAAGCUCUCAGAUACUAGGGAUGAUGGUAUGAUUGGCUACCUCAUAUAUAUGAUGGAGGAUGGUGAGCGUAGUGAUGAGCGUGUCGUUCUCGUCGAUAUUUCUACGACGACCUUGGUAUGCGAAUGCAGAAUGUUCAAAACUUUAGGAGUGUUAUGCCGCCACAUGAUUAAGGUGAUGCGGCUUCUUGGAUAUUUUGGGGAAGAAAGUAUGAGAAGUAUUCUAGAUCAUUACAUACUCAAGCGAUGGACGUUGGAGGCGAGAAAGAGAGAGGCUGUUGAUGUCGAUGGUUUUGUUGGUCCUUCAGCUGCCAGUGAGAAUGAUGCGGGAAAAGGUAUAGCAAUGCGGUACCGGGAAACCACUGCAAUGUUGAAUCAGCUAGCAACGAAUAUGUCAAUGGCCGAUGAGAAAGACUACAACAAGUGGAUGGGAGUACUCAAGAAACUGUGCAAUGAGGCAAACAAGGCAUUGUCAAAGACUAUAACUAGCGAGGACAGUAAGUAUAUUCACUAAUAACGCCGUCGAAAGAAAUGUGUCCAUAGGAAGAGAAUGAAAUUCCUUGAAGUGGUCACGCCGGACAACAAUGCUCAACCGGAUUGCCAUCUUAGUGAUUUGAAUGGUAAUAUUGCUCAAUGGUUAUGAAUAGAAUGUAGGGUGGUUCGAUAGUGGUCUAUUGUGAUAUGAUAUUGACAUGUGAUUCCAGGAUACGUUUUUGUGGUGCAAUGGAUAUUAAUCCACUUGCUUAUGAUACUUGUCUGGGCAAACUUGAUAUGUACUGUAAUAUGUACAUAUAUUAGUCUGGGCAUCCUGAAUAUCAGUAUUUUCGAAGCAAGUACAAUAGUAUCAAUGAUUACUUCUUUCACUAUUCACAUGUACAGAUAUAGAUCUAGUAUAAGUCUGGGCUCCAAGGAUAUUAGUAUACAAAAGAAGUGUAUCGGUCUGGGCCUUAAGGACAUUAGUCUGGGUCUUUCGGAUAUCUGUCUGUCUUUCGGAUAUUUGUCUAUCACUUUGCAGAUGUUUGUUUAAAUAAACAUGGCAUUGUCUA